GAAUAAAUCGCAAGACAGUGGGAUUGCAGAGAUGGAGGAACUUCCAGUGCCACACAACAUCAAAAUAAGUAACAUCACAUGUGAUUCCUUCAAGAUUUCUUGGGACAUGGAUUCUAAAUCCAAGGACCGCAUUACUCAUUAUUUCAUUGAUCUCAACAAGAAAGAAAACAAGAAUUCCAACAAAUUUAAACACAAGGAUGUCCCUACAAAAUUGGUGGCCAAAGCUGUUCCUUUGCCUAUGACAGUCCGUGGGCACUGGUUCUUGAGCCCAAGAACAGAAUACACGGUAGCAGUGCAGACAGCUUCAAAGCAAGUUGAUGGUGAUUAUGUUGUUUCUGAGUGGAGUGAAAUCAUCGAGUUUUGCACAGCAGAUUAUUCAAAAGUUCACCUAACACAGCUAUUGGAAAAAGCUGAAGUGAUUGCAGGCCGUAUGCUUAAAAUGUCUGUUUUUUAUCGGAAUCAGCACAAAGAAUACUUUGAUUAUGUCAGAGAGCAUCAUGGGAAUGCUAUGCAGCCCUCUGUUAAGGAUAACAGUGGCAGCCACGGCUCUCCAAUCAGUGGGAAGCUGGAAGGCAUCUUCUUCAGCUGCAACACUGAGUUUAACACUGGGAAGCCACCACAGGAUUCACCUUAUGGAAGAUACAGGUUUGAGAUUGCAGCUGAAAAACUCUUCAACCCAAACACUAACUUGUACUUUGGAGAUUUCUACUGCAUGUACACAGCCUACCACUACGUCAUUCUUGUUGUUGCCCCUGUUGGAUCACCAGGAGAUGAAUUCUGUAAGCAGCGCCUUCCUCAACUAAAUAUAAAAGAUAAUAAAUUUCUGACCUGUGAUGAAGAAGAUGGUGUCAUGGUUUACCAUCAUGCCCAGGAUGUUAUUUUGGAAGUAAUUUACACUGAUCCUGUGGAUCUCUCCCUCGGCACAGUUGCAGAAAUUACCGGUCACCAACUAAUGAGCUUGUCUACUGCAAAUGCAAAGAAAGAUCCCAGCUGCAAGACCUGCAACAUCAGUGUUGGACGUUAAAACUUUCCUCGUUACUUAGGAGCCUUCAAACCUCUGUUGCCCAUUUCCAUAGUCAGACAUUUCUGUCGGAAGCAUGCACAUGCCGCUGUCACCAAAAGCAAACACGAGCCUUCAGAAUCUCCGAUAGCGUUUUUAGUAUUUCUUCUC